AAAAACCAAAAAAAAAAAAAAACUUUUCAAGAUUCUAGUAAAGUUUGAGUUUUUUUCUUUUGAGUUCGGUUCGUUAGCUGAUAUUUGUUUAGUCAUUCAGAUAGUGAUUGGUGUUUUUUUUUUGUUAGUUGUAGCAAAUGAUGAUUGCAACAUGGAGAAAAAAGAGAGCAGAGAAAAGGGUCACAAAGAAAGGAUUUAUGAAGAAAAAAAACAUGGAGUUAGUGAUACCAAGCCAAUUUACAUGUCCAAUUUCAUUAGAAUUAAUGAAAGAUCCUGUGACUUUAUCGACAGGGAUUACGUAUGAUCGAGAAAACAUCGAAAAAUGGAUUAAUGAAGGUGGGAAUCAAACAUGUCCUAUCACAAAUCAAGAAUUGAAGUCAUGUGGAAGUGGCAUUAUUGAUCCUGUUUUAAUUCCAAAUCACAACAUUCGAAAAAUGAUCCAACAAUGGUGUGUCGAAAAUAAGGAAUAUGGUAUCGAUAGGAUCCCAACUCCAAGAAUCCCCGUUUCAUCGUCUGAUGUCACUGCAUUGCUCGCGAAAAUAACUAAUUCGAGCAAGUUGGAGAAGCAAGAAUCUAAUUUAUGCAAAGAAUUAGUAACUAGAGUGAAAGAUUUGUCUAGUGAAAGUGAUCGAAACAAAUGUUGUUUUGUCACUAGUGGCACAGGAAAGGUGUUAUCAUCAGCAUUUCUUGAACUAUCAGAGGGAACAAACGUGAAAAACGCUUCAACAGAGGAAGUUAUCUUGUCAACUUUGACACUUUUUUUGCCUUUGGAUGUUAAGUCCAAGGCAAUUCUUGGGUCGAUUUCAUCGUUACGUUGCAUAGCAUGGUUCUUGAUGAAGGGGAGUUUAUCAAGUAGGAGGAAUGCAGUUCUUGUCCUUAGAGAAAUAUUGAAAAUGGAGGAACAUGACAAGGUUGAAAUCUUGUUGAAUAUUGAAGGUGCUUUGGAAGGCCUAGUGAAGUUAGUAAAAGAGCCAAUUUGUCCUAAUACUACAAAAGCUUCUUUAUUAACAAUUUAUCAUAUGGUAAUUAAUUCAUCAUCAAAAUCAAGAUUUGUUGAUGUGGGGUUAGUUGAAUUGUUGAUAGAAAUUCUUGUGGAUUGUGACAAAAGCAUAUGUGAAAAGGCAUUAGGUGUUUUGGAUGGGAUAUUGAGCUAUGAAGAAGGGGUGAAAAGGGCUUAUAGUUAUGCACUUAGUGUGCCUGUUUUGGUCAAGAAAUUGUUGAGAGUUUCAGAUUUGGCUACUGAAUUUUCAGUUUCAAUUUUGUGGAAGAUUUGCAAGGCUGAAAAAAGGGACAAUAAUGAAGAUUGUGAUGUUCUUGUUGAAGCACUUCAAGUUGGUGCAUUUCAAAAGCUUUUGUUGAUGCUACAAGUUGGUUGUAGUGAAACAACAAAAGAGAAGGCUAGUGAGUUGUUGAAGUUGUUGAAUGUGCAUAGGGAUAGAACAGAGUGUGUUGAUUCUUUGGACUUCAAAAAUCUCAAAAGGACAUUUUGAAUUAGAGUUCAAGAUAGAAUUUACACUGAGAGAUUUCAGCAUUUACUAUAUAUACAUAAAAGAAAAAAAAUUGUCUUAUAUAUAUAGUAUGAUUUUCUGGCGAAGAGAAUUCAGAUGAACUCCUUUCCUCCCCUUAUUAUGAUUAUUACUAUACAUGAUUCAUUUUUCAUUGUAUACAAGUAAAUCCAAGAAUAAGGAAAAAUAUAUAGUUUAGAGUACACUUUUUUUUAUUUAUCAUUUUAUAUAGAUACAUAUGCUGAUAAAUUAAGAUGCAAUAGCAAUUCAUGUAUUAAAUAUCUGUAUGGAGGGGUCUUCACCUCCAAGUGUUGCCAUAGAUUUGAUGUGAGGAUUUGUACUUUUGAAACUAUAAUAAUGAUUAUAAAGGAAUAAGCCUUAUAUUUAAGGUACAUUCAAAAUAAUUUCUUUAAAUA